CCAACCACAACUAGGAUUCGAAUUCAAAUUGAAAAAAUAAAAAUAUAUAAAAAACAAUAUUGAUGAAAAAUACUUAGAUCUUAACGAGUGAUACCUGUGAUAGCUGUGCGACCUAAGCAUGUUGACCAAGAAGAAAAAGAACUCGGUUAUCUUUCACAUUGAUCUGCCGCAGAAUUCGCUAAUUGAACCGGACAAAUAUUUAUUUAGAACCAAUAGUCAGGAGUUCCUUAAGGAUGAUGCAGGUAAGGCUGGUUGCUGCCGCUGCUGCACCACGCUUUGCAUGCGUUUCCGUCGCUCUCGCUGCAUGCGCUGCUGUGGACUGCGUAAGGAGCGUCUGCAAGAUGCCGCUGAUGAGCAGCCUGUGCUCGCGAGUGGUAGGAGCAGCGCCUCAACCCAACUGGAGAUAGUUGAUGAGGCGAAGGACUCUAAGAAAAAGACACGCUGCUGGCCCACAGCCAAUUGCUGCACGAGCUGUCGCAAAAAGCCAAAGUCUACUGAGAUUACCGAGGAGAAACAGACCAAAACGAUCAUGGAACCAAUGCAGCAACCUACAUUAAGCAAUCAACCAAAGCAGCAACAGCAGCAAAGUAAAUGUGGCAUGUGCUUGCGCAAGGUUUUCUGCUGUCGAUCUGUAAAUAAAGUCGAUCCCAUAACGGGCGACGAGACGGAGCUAAGGAAAUGCUGCUUUUGUAUACCCUGUAGGCGCAAACAUGCAGUCGUUGCAGCGGCCACCGAGCCCAAGGUAGCUUGGCGAGAUCAAGAUCCAGAGCUGGGCAUAGCUGCUACAGAUGCCGCCAUACUGGAGGGCUCCUCAAUGGCGCCAUCAGCAGCGACAGCAACAGAAGAUCCGACCAAAAUGAGUUGCUGCAGACGUUUUUGGCUGAUGCUGCUUUGCUGUCGCAAGAAACCACGCCGUACCUCCGAUGCACGCCGACAAAGUAUUAUAGCACCGCCAACAAGUGAGGAAACGCGUCGCAAGCUCCAUAACGACCUGGUGGAGUAUACAUCCAAGAUGAAAGGAGCCAUACCUGUGCUGCCGCUCUACCUUGCCUGGUUUUGCGCCUUCUGCAACGUCAUCUUUCCGGGCCUGGGCACUCUGCUCUCUGGUCUGUUCUGCCUGUGCGUUGGCAUUCCACGUUUCUCACAGUUUGAUAGCGCGCGCGCUCGCAUCGGAUCCUUUAUCAUCAAUAUCAUUGUGGCUGUCUCUCAGUUUUUCUGUGUGCUCUUCUGUUUUGUAGGCUGGGGCUGGUCCAUUUGGUGGGGCACAAUUAUGUUAAAGUGUGCAAAGAAACUGAGCAAAAUCAAAAAGGUGGAGCGUCUGGAAUUGGAGGAGGAACAACGUCAAGCCGAAAUGGCAGCCGCUGCGGGCCGAACCGAAACAGAGGCGACAAAGACCUAAACGUCUUUAAAUUUACAAUGUAUCCAUUAGGGUGCAAAUAAAAAACUAAGCUUCCACAUACUGCAUGCCCAUACACUUCCAAUAUAACUUCCAAUACAAAGUGAGAUGGCAGUGGAUAGUCCAGUUGGAACAAAAUAUAAAUCAAGUCAAACUUCCAAGAUAAAAUUAGUUGGCAACGUAUAAUCCAAUUGGGUGCAACUACAAAUCGUUUUUAUGCUUCCGACACAAGACAGAGGAAAUCCAAUUGGAAAUUAACUAAAGAUCAAGUCAAACUUCCAGUUAAAAAGGCGUAAAGUACAGAGAAGAUAAACAGAAAUUUACUUCCACAUGUACAUAUAUAUACAUGCAUUAAGAAGUAUUUAUAUAAACUUUUGCAAAUAAGUGACCUUAAAC